AUGACACGAGGCAUGAAAGUGACGCAACACGCUGUCAGCUGUUUUUGUUUUGCUUGAUUUUCCCUGUAUUUUGAAGAUUUCCGCUUCAGCUCAUCGAAGUGAAGCCGUCCUUUCUUAUGAAUUAAUGCAAGACGAACAACCGAACCCAGGCCUCCGAUCCAGGGUGGAGGGAGGGAAGGAGGUCGUUGGGAAUCGGGAUGGAGACCGGGGAGGGAGCCGACGGUCCUGGCGGGCCAGGACUGGGUUGUGCCUCUUUCAACCAAGACUCCACGUCACUGGCUGUGGGCACAAAGACUGGAUACCGGCUCUUCUCCGUGACCUCAGUGGACAAACUGGACUGCAUUCAUGAAAGCGCAGACACUCCAGACGUCUACAUUGUGGAGCGUCUGUUCUCCAGCAGUCUGGUGGUGGUGGUGAGCCAGGCCAUGCCGCGGCGCAUGAACGUCUACCACUUCAAGAAGGGCACAGAGAUCUGCAACUACAGCUACUCCAACAGUAUUCUGGCAGUCCGCCUCAACCGACAGAGGCUGGUAGUGUGUCUGGAGGAGUCCGUCUACAUCCACAACAUCAAAGACAUGAAGCUCCUUAAGACUCUCCUCAACACGCCUUCCAACCUCUCAGGUCUAUGUGCUCUCUCCACCAACCAUUCCAACUCGUACUUGGCAUACCCUGGCAGUGCCACCAUUGGUGAAAUCAUUGUCUACGAUGCCAAUAAUCUGAGUACCGUCACCAUGAUCCCUGCCCACGACAGCCCACUGGCUGCAAUCACAUUCAAUGCAUCUGGGACCAAACUGGCCAGUGCCUCCGAGAGGGGAACCGUGAUCCGCGUGUUCACCAUUCCUGAAGGACUGCGGCUCUUCGAGUUUCGCAGGGGCAUGAAGAGGUAUGUGAACAUCAGCUCUCUGUCCUUCAGUCCUGAUGCCCAGUUCCUCUGUGCCUCCAGUAACACUGAGACGGUACACAUCUUUAAACUUGAGCAGCACGGGCCCAGUGGUGACGAGGAGUCCCCCACCUGGUCGGCGUACAUGGGUAAGAUGUUCUCGGCGGCCAGCAGCUACCUCCCGGCUCAGGUGUCGGGCAUGAUGUGUCAGGACCGCGCCUUCGCCACCGUCCGCCUGCAGAUGGCAGGCCAGCGCAACGUCUGCACCCUCGCCACGAUCCAGAAGCUUCCAAGACUGCUGGUGGCCUCCUCAGAUGGGCAGCUUUUCAUCUACAAUGUCGACCCUCAGGAUGGCGGGGAGUGCACCCUGGUGAAGACGCACAGGCUGUUCGGGGCAGAUGAGGAGCAUGGGACGGGAGAGGCAGAGGGUACCGCCCCCCCUCAGCCAUGCCAGUCCUACGCUGCCACCGUUGCCAUGCCCACCACAGGCCCCGUCUCCGCUACUCUCACUGGCUACUCUGAGGAUGGCGGAGCCAUAAAGGGGGAGGUGAUCCCGGAGCAUGAGAUUGCAGCAGGACCGGUGUGUCUGGACGACGAGACGGAGUUUCCUCCUAUAAAUUGGUGCCGUGACGGAAGUCGGAGUGGCAAGGAGAGACGGACGUGAGAGAGAGAGAGAGAAAGAGGGAGACAGAAAGAGAAAGAGACAGAAUGAGAGAGUAGAAUCCCGGCCACUCGGAGUGGGAAGAUCAUCAGAGCAUGAGCCUCGGCAGAUAAAACAAACACAAUUAUUUCAGGGUGCUAAGUUAUUGUUGUUGUUUUUAAUAUGUGGAAAAACAAACUAACUAACAGAAAAUGAGUGACUGAAUAGUUUGUCCAGAUGUCUUUGGGGGCAGGAUGGGGUCAUCAUAUAUGAGUAUCUGUGGGUUGUUGAAUAUGAAUAUAAGAGAUGCAUGACUGAAUCAUAACCAUGUUUUAAUAGUUAUUUGACCAGAUAUUUUAUUAAUUAAAUUGUAAUACUGUAGCUAUUUCUUCUAUUUUUUUAUUUACAUUAUUAACAUCCUUGUAUUUAAUCAUAACUUGAGGGAAUUUAAAUAUUUCACUAUGUUUUUAUGUUGUCUGAUUUAAUUUUUUUCUUGUGCAUUUGAUUCAUUGAUACUUAUUAAAUGUAUUAAAUGUUUACAUAUACUCAUUCUGAUUAAUAACUUGGCAGGAUGUUUUGUAUGUACGUGCCUAUGAUAUUAUUUGUAAGAGUGCAAAGUAUUUUGCAGAUUGCACAAGACCAAAAAAAAAAGAACCAUGAAAAGAGAAAUAAAAAUUGUAGAAGCUACUUUAGAGAUGGCAUUAUGCAACA